AUGUUUGUAGUUGAAGCUAUUAGAAGUAAAAUUAAAAGAUCAGUCAAGGGCAAGUUGGCUUCUCGUAUCAAGAGUUCCAAAACUCCAAGUAUGUUCACCAAUGGAAUAGAAUAUCAUACUCUGUGUGCUUCUAUACCCGAAUUCGCGAUGUCUGCCGUACAGUGGUUAUUAUGCGCUCUCGUGUUGAUGUGCGUUAGCGUGAGUGUUACACCAGCGCCUGCGCCUCAAGAAGAAAAUUACCCGCCAAUGCCAUAUGAAUACAAAUACGAUGUAGAAGAUCAAGAAAAAUUACUCUACUUCGGAGCGAACGAAGCAGGAGAUGCACAGGGCAAGGUUGUUGGGGGUUACCGCGUUCUAUUACCCGAUGGCCGUCUUAUGACCGUUGAAUACACCGUAGAAGGCGACAGUGGAUUUGUACCGAAAAUCAAAUUUGAGGAUAAUGCGAAUCCUUUCGGUAAAAGGAAG